UAACAUAAACUUCCGGUGCAUUGACAGACACGUGCAUUACUUGAAAACAAAACCAGACAUGGCUAAGAGCAUCAGAAGCAAGCGGAAGCGAAUGUUGAGGAACAUAAAGAGAGAGAGGUACGCCAAAAAGGAACUGGAGAAACUGAAGCAAAUCGUGGCAUUAGCUGAAAAAGAUAAAGAUACGGAAAUGAAAGACCUGUAUACUGUGACAAAACCCCUUGGAAGCAAAGACGAUGCAGCAGCUGAACCCUCAGGUGAUGGUAUGGAAGUGGACUCGAAAGCUAGAGAUUCCAAAACUCUGCGUGAUGAGAACGGACAUUAUCCGGUGUGGAUGAAUUCUCGACGCGUCAAAAAACACAAAAAGAGACUCCAGGCCAUCUCUAAGAAAAAAGAAAAGAAGCAGAAGGCCAAGAAGAAGUGAAGAUCACUACAAGAUUGUAUAUUGUGUUUGCAAAUGGGGGCAGAAUUCUUUGUGUGAAUAUAAUUGAAUGUAUUUUUUUAGUGGCAAUUAUUACCGGUAAAUUGUCAUAUUUUUUCUUCAAAAAUUGAUUUUUUUUAACCUAUUUCACUGGGAAGAGGGGGCAGUUUGAGGAGUGAUGUAAGACUUGGACUCUCUUUGCUAAGGUGUGGGCAAUUUGAGGGUGAUGUUGUGGAACUUUGACAAUAAAAUGCUUCCCUUGGUUGUAAAGCAUUGGAAUUAAUAUUACAAGUGUUGGAAAAUACACAACCCACCAAAUUGUCUGCAGUAUAACUGUGAUUCUGGUGAAUUCCUAUACUUACAAAGAAAGAAUUUCAUCAUUAUUUGUGUAUUUAUGUCCAUGUAGAAAAUCAUAUAAAGUACAUUCGUUUAUGUAAGUGUGUUAGAUAUUGGAUUAUUGAAGAUAAUUUAUGUACUUUGUCAUUUGUGUACCGAUUAAAAGCUCAUCACUAAACAAAUCUACACAGGUAGCUUGAAAAACUGCUUACCAUAGAUUAAGCAUUUACAGUUUGAUAAAUGACUUGUAAAUAUUUUCUUCACAAAUAAAGAUAAUAUCUGAUGAAUGUAAA